ACUGCACCUGCCUACAAGUAGAACUUGGGAGGGGAUCUGGGGGUGAUGUGGGAUACUCCAAAAACGAAACGUAUUGCUACAUUGAGUCGUGUUCAGGGGCGGACUGACAACUCAUGGGGCCCCCGGGCAAUAGGGGAUCAUGGGGCCCCUGUGUCCUUGCCCAAACUCAAAAAAGCCUAUGAAAAAGGUACCAGGGGCAUCUCAUGGGGCCCCCUACUGAUCCUGUGCCCUCGGGCAGUGCCCGAGUUUCCAAAUGGUCAGUCCUCCCCUGGUCGUGUUGUAAUGUCA